AUGACUUAUGAGAUUUUCGAGAGUAUUGUGCCUAAAGUAGGAAGUAGUAUUUUAAUAGACUUCGAAAAUCAGGACAGGUCAAAUGAAACAGAAAGAACCGAUCAAUUUGAUUUAAAAAGUUUUCUUGUAAAUUUUACGAAAGAAAUUAAACAAUCAGUUGACGACAAUAAGACUUACUGGAAUGAAAAAAUUGAUAACAUUUUGUUGCAAGUCCAAGCAGUCAAUACCCAAGUGGGUGAUCUUUCGAACAGAGUUGGCAGUGUUGAGGAAAAAAUUGAAUCUGUGGAAGCAAAAGUAAAUGAAAUUGAUGCUAAAUUGAGCGGUGAAAUUAAUACUGUAAAAAAUGAGUUACUGGCAGGUAGGGAAAUAAAUUUAAUUGAUUUUAAUGAGAUAAAAGGGGAAAUUAAAAAUUUGGAUGAGAACACAAAAGUUUUAGUAAAAAAUGUGCAACAAGAAACUGACAAUCGUUUGUUGGAUAGGGUAACAACAAGAAUACACAGUGGGUUUACUGAGAAAGGUAAUGGUCAAAAUUGGGGAAAUGAUAACUUUCAAAAAAGGGAACAAAACAAUUAUCAUGGUGUCAGUCAAAAUUCAGGGGGAUAUAACAAUUUUCAAAAGAGGGACCAUAAUUUUUAUCCAAAACAAGAACAACAUUUUCGCGGAAAUAAUCAACAAAAUAGAGAACACUUUGGGGAUCAAAAUCACAGAAAUUUUGUUAGAGAUCAGUACAAUAGAAACUACCAACAAUCAGAGACAUUGGCAGAACCACAAUCAGCAGUUCAAACAGGAACCGGAAAUAAAAAACGAGUAGACGCCCCCUUGAAGGUCUGCAAGGUUGAGGCAGAAGGUGAGCAUGAUGAAAGGACCAAUGGAUGUGACUAUCAUAAACCCAAACAUGACAGUUCCAAACCUAAGCUAUCACAUGAGGUCAUUAGUUGUUACUUAUUGAAGAAAUUUCAAGAGGAAAAUAAUGAUGAUAAAGAUAACAUUUUCAGUACACAAGAACAUACAGUAGAUAAAAGUAAAUGUGAUUCAUUUAAUUUAACAGAGUUUUACACUUGGGCAGAAAAGAACAACACUUUGUCAGAUGAUGUAAUUUGUAGUAGUUCAGAGAUGUGUGUGAAUGAAAGAGAGAAUGCAUGCUGUGAGAAUGAAAAUGUUGGUGAAAGGGAUCUGGUAACUUUAGAAAGGGGAAAUAAUAUUUUGGGGGAUAAUUUGAAUGUUUUAAAUAGGGAGUUGGGUAUACACAUGGUUGAAAAUGGAUUAAAUAGUGAGAAUAUUAUAGAAAUUCCCAGGGAUGUUACCAGGAUGAAUAAAGCUCACAAGCUGGAUGUAUGUGAAAGUGUGAAUUUUGAUGUUGUUGGUAAAGAAUCUGACUACACAAAUAACGAUGACACAUUCACAUGUUAA